GCAAACAAAAUACUAACCGGUGGCUUUUGUCCUUUUCUUUUUUGGCCCAUAAUUUACAACAGCGGCAUCAAAGUGAGGUUGUGAAUUGUCCCAGACUCCCAGCUCUCUUUUCUACCCUACCUUCUUUCAACCAAAGGAAAAGGAAGUAAUAAAAACAAGAAGAAAACGAAGGAAAACAUACAAAGGUCUGAGAAAAAUCAGGAGUUGUUUUCAGUUUUGGAUAUUUUUUGCUUCCUGGGUUUGUCACAAACAAGAAAAAGAUUCAAGCUUUGAACGAAAGAGAGCAUUUUAGCAAGCUGAAUAGCCGGUUCAAUUUUCCGACAUUUUUGUAAAGCAUAGGCACAACCAAGAGAAAAGAAAGCUCAAUAAGCAAAAAACCUUCGAAAGUGAUAGCUUUUAGUGCAAUUUGAUCCGUGAAGGAAACAUCAACAACCUGAUAGAUACAAAUAUAUAGUUUUUCCUUUCUGGGGUGUGUUUGUUUCUUCUGAAAUCUGAUACAUUAGUGUCUGAUCUUAUUCUCAUUCUCAUGUUUUGGGGAAUGAGAGAAGAAGGAAGAGAAGAAAGAAGAUAAUGGAUUUCUGGCCAGAGUUUCUUGCAUCAAGUUGGGGAAAAGAGUUUGUAGCUGGAGGGUUUGGAGGGAUUGCUGGAAUUGUAUCUGGUUAUCCAUUAGAUACAAUAAGGAUAAGGCAACAAAGCUCAAACAUUUUUGGUGGUUCAUCAUCAUCAGCAUUCAGUGUUCUUAGAAAUGCUAUUGCUAAGGAAGGACCAGCUUCUCUCUACCGUGGCAUGGGUGCACCUUUGGCCUCUGUUACAUUUCAGAAUGCUGCAGUUUUCCAAACUUAUGCAGUUCUCUCAAGAGUUUUUGACAAAUCUGUUUCUCCCAAAGACCCUCCUUCCUAUAAGGGUGUAGCAUUAGGAGGAGUUGGCACUGGUGCUCUCCAGAGCAUAAUUCUUUCCCCAGUAGAGCUGAUUAAGAUUCGUCUUCAACUGCGCCGCGGUGCAAACCACUUGACAGAACCCCAAAAGGGUCCUGUUAUGGUUGCCAAGAACAUAUGGAGAAAGGAAGGACUCAGAGGAAUCUACAGAGGACUAGGCAUCACUGUGAUAAGAGAUGCACCUGCCCAUGGUAUCUAUUUCUGGACAUAUGAAUACGUAAGAGAACAGCUUCACCCGGGAUGUAGAAGAAGUGGCCAAGAAAGCUUGACAACUAUGUUAACAGCAGGUGGGUUAGCUGGGGUAACAAGCUGGAUUUCUUGCUACCCUUUUGAUGUUGUGAAAACGAGGUUACAGGCACAAACACCAGAUUCUUUAAAAUACAAUGGCAUUGUUGAUUGCCUUAGAAAGAGUAUUAAGGAAGAAGGGCAUGCUGUUCUAUGGCGUGGACUAGGAACUGCAGUUGCUAGAGCUUUUGUGGUGAAUGGUGCUGUGUUUGCAGCAUAUGAGAUAACACUAAGGUUAUUGUUUAGUAAUGGAAAUAUUCAAAUGCAGGAAACUAUAUAAGACAAUGAAUUGAAUUCACUCCCUCCCCUUGUUUUCGUGGGAGACAUUAGAAUGAUAUAAUCAUUAGAAUAACAGAUGUAAUAUAAAACAAUUGAAAUGCAGGUUUGAUAUUGAAAAGCAUUACCACAUUUAGUUUCCACA